UGAUGCCCUGGGCUUGCUGAUGAACUAAAGUCAAAAUGACGAACCUGCCCCUCUAUGAGGGGCUGGGAUGGCAUAUACGUAUGGAUAAGAUUGUAUUUUCAUCAGACGCAUGGACAUGGAGUGAAAUAAAAUAAAAAAAGAAAAAAGAAAAAAGGGAAAAUCGGGAAAGUGCGCCAAAAAUCCUCAGCCACUUGCCAGUUUCUCUCCGCUUCUCUGGUAAUCCGACAGCCAUGGCAGCGAUUACUCAACGGAGCUUCUUCAAUCUCACCGCCUUCAAAUCCUUCACGGCGGAGGCCAGAACCCGCCGUGAGAAGAGAAAACUCGGAACUAACUCGGUGGUCAGAUGCUCCCAGACAUUGGAGGGAUCCGCGUCCGCCCAAAGUGUUACGGUGACAAACGGCAAGGAUUCCUUACUCAUCUGCCGAGUACUCAACGGAAUGUGGCAGACGAGCGGCGGAUGGGGGAGAAUCGACCGUGACGGCGCGGUGGAGGCAAUGCUCCGAUAUGCCGACGCCGGACUUUCAACCUUCGAUAUGGCCGACCACUAUGGACCUGCUGAAGAUUUGUAUGGCAUCUUCAUCAAUCGAGUUCGUAGAGAGCGACCGCCUGAACUCCUAGAGAGUGUAAGAGGGCUUACAAAAUGGGUGCCGCCGCCGGUGAAGAUGACUAGUAGCUACGUUCGGGAGAGCAUUAAUAUCUCACGAAAGAGAAUGGACGUGUCUUCUUUGGAUAUGCUUCAAUUUCACUGGUGGGAUUAUUCAAACCCUGGCUAUCUUGAUGCUCUAAAACACCUCACUGAUUUGAAAGAAGAGGGUAAAAUCAAGACUGUUGCUCUGACAAAUUUUGACACGGAAAGGUUACAAAUUAUUCUGGAAAAUGAUAUCCCUGUCGUGAGUAAUCAGGUUCAACACUCGAUUGUUGAUAUGAGGCCUCAACAAAAGAUGGCUGAGCUUUGUAAGCUCACAGGAGUUAAACUUAUAACGUAUGGAACUGUAAUGGGUGGCUUGUUAUCUGAAAAAUUCCUUGACACCAACUUAACCAUUCCUUUUGCUGGCCCUCCGUUAAAUACUCCCUCUCUGCAAAAGUACAAAAGGAUGGUUGAUGCAUGGGGAGGAUGGAGUUUGUUUCAAGUUCUGCUACAGACACUUAAGAGAGUUGCUUCAAAGCACGGGGUCUCGAUUCCAACUGUUGCUGUUAAAUACAUUCUAGAUCAGCCAGCUGUGGCAGGGUCGAUGAUUGGCGUUCGACUUGGGCUGUCGGAGCAUUUGAAAGACACAAAUGCCAUCUUUUCUCUUGCUCUUGAUGAGGAGGACGUAAACAGCAUAGAGGAAGUUUCCAGAAAAGGUAAGAAUCUUCUUAGAAUUAUUGGGGACUGUGGGGAUGAAUAUAGGCGUGCAUGACCUAGCAAUUGUGUUCUUAUUAUUUGACUGAUAUGAAACAUUACUUAAUAUUUGGUACAUUGAGAAUAUAUUGGAAAGAGUAAAUUUAUUCUAA